CCCCCUCACACCUCAGCGUUUGACCCUCGCGACGGCGGCACCUCAACCCCCUCCCUCCCUGAAUCAAUCCCCUUCCUUAAAAAGAUCCACCAGACGAACGCACUCCUACAGCCACACGCGCGCCGGCCGCCGCCAUGACGAGCCCCAUCAUCCCGCGGACCGACGACGGCGGCCAGGCCGCGGCGACGAGGGUGGGCCGCCUCAACGCCGCGGUGGAGCGGUCCUGGGUGGGCCGGCGCUUCCGCCUGGCCGCGCGCGGGACCACCUUCACCACGGAGCUCCGCGCCGGCACCACCACCUUCCUCACCAUGGCCUACAUCCUCGCCGUCAACGCCUCCAUCCUCUCCGACUCGGGCGCCACCUGCUCCGUCGACGACUGCGCCAACCCCUCGCCGGCCUGCAAGUUCCCGCCCGUCGACCCCGGCUACGCCGCCUGCCUCUCCCGCGCGCGCCGCGACCUCAUCGUCGCCACCGCCGCCUCCUCCGUCAUCGGCUCCUUCAUCAUGGGCGCCUUCGCCAACCUCCCCAUCGCGCUCGCCCCCGGCAUGGGCACCAACGCCUACUUCGCCUACACCGUCGUCGGCUUCCACGGCUCCGGCACGCUCUCCUACCGCAAGGCCCUCGCCGCCGUCUUCAUCGAGGGCCUCGUCUUCCUCCUCAUCUCCGUCGUCGGGCUACGGUCCAAGCUCGCCCAGUUGAUCCCCAAGCCCGUGCGGAUCGCGUCGUCCGCGGGGAUCGGUCUCUUCUUGGCGUUCAUCGGGCUGCAGAGCAACCAGGGGUUCGGGCUCGUCGGGUUCAGCACCUCCACGCUGGUCACCCUCGGCGCGUGCCCCGCGUCGCAGCGCGCGUCCGUGGCGCCGGUGAUCACGUUCCCCAACGGCACGGUGGCGCUGAUGCCCGGCGGCACGGUCUCCGGCGGCAUACUCUGCCUCUCCGGCCGGAUGACCUCCCCGACCUUCUGGCUCGCGGUGGUCGGCCUCCUCAUCAUCGCCUUCUGCCUCAUCAAGAACGUCAAGGGCGCCAUGAUCUACGGCAUCCUCUUCGUCACCUUCAUCUCAUGGCCGCGCAACACCGCGGUCACCGCGUUCCCGGACACGCCCGCCGGCGACGAGGGCUUCAGCUACUUCAAGAAGGUGUUCGACGUCCACCGCAUCCAGUCCACGGCCGGCGCGCUCGACUUCAGCGGCAUCGGGCACGGCUACUUCUGGGAGGCGCUCAUCACCUUCCUCUACGUCGACAUCCUGGACACCACCGGCGGGCUCUACUCCAUGGCGCGCUUCGCCGGCUUCGUGGACGACGCCACGGGGGAGUUCGAGGGGCAGUACUUCGCCUUCAUGUCCGACGCCACCGCCAUCGUCUUCGGCUCGCUGCUGGGGACGUCCCCGGUGACGGUCUUCAUCGAGUCGUCCACGGGGAUCCGCGAGGGCGGCCGGACGGGGCUCACGGCGCUCACCGCGUCCUUGUACUUCACGGCGGCGCUGUUCAUCACGCCGCUGCUGGCGUCCAUCCCGUCCUGGGCGGUGGGGCCGCCGCUGGUGCUGGUGGGCGUGAUGAUGAUGCGCGCCGUGGCGGAGGUGGACUGGGAGGACAUGCGGCAGGCCGUGCCGGCGUUCAUGACGCUGGCGCUCAUGCCGCUCACCUACUCCAUCGCCUACGGCCUCAUCGGCGGCAUCGCCUCCUACAUGCUGCUCCACUCGUGGGAUUGGGCGUGCGAUGCCGCCGCCAGGCUUGGUUGUCGUCCUCGUCGGAAAGUGGGUGGCGGCGAGGCCACGCGAGCCGAUACACCAGUAAGUAGCAACAGUGGCAGUGCCAGUGGCAACGGGGAACAUGGGAAGGACGUGUCUCACGUGGAAUUGUCCUAGUAUAGUAGCACUUUCUCCUUUUCAGUUUCUCGCUGUAGUUAUGUUUUGUUUGUGAAUUGUUUUCUUAGAAAGAAAGACUAUAUACUCGGUGCUAAAUUAAUGACGCCAAACCUGAAACGGCCAAAGACAGCAAACAAAACAAGCAAAGCAGUA